GAGGCGCGAGUGAGUGAAGACUACCCGAAAGUGCCGAGCUGCACUCAGUCUGUCCGCGGGCGUCCGUCAAGCAGACCUCUCCGGCGCUCCUCUCCCUCUCGGCCGCGUCCGUCCUCUCGACCUCGGCCUCGUGGAAGACACAUGUCGUCGGCUGGUGCAGCUGCUGCUACCGGCUGACCCGCGCGCGAUCGACAUUAACGUGGAUCGUAUAAAAAAAUAUCCACGAGCGAUCGGCGCUGAUAACCAUCGCGUGUCGCGUGUGCGCGUGCACCUCGAUCGGCUUCCGCGAUCGGUCCCCGCAAUCGAUUUUCAUAUAUGAAAGUGACUCAAUCCUGUGACGAGGUGUUCGCAGUGCAAUCGUGUAAUAACACGCCGACCUCCCACACGAGAUGUGGUUGACAAGGCUUCUCCGGUGCCUCCUCGUCGGCCUCGUGAUCGUCGGCUCGCCACCCUGGAGCGUCGUCGACGGCUUCAACGUGGAGACGAAGCACUAUGCGGUGUACCGCUCGGAGGCGAGAUCCAUGUUCGGUUUCGCCGUGUCCACGUAUCGUGACAAGUACAGCCGUGGAUGGGCGAUCGUAGGCGCACCGGAAGCCGAAACUCAGACCGGCGUCUAUCGGGGAGGUGCAGUCUAUAAAUGCGAUAUCGCGGCUGAUGAUAGGUGCAACAUAAUCCACUUCGACGAUAAAGGACACAAUCACGUCAGAAAUCCGAGUGUGAGUGAUAAAUUGAAUCAGAUUGACAACAAGACGUUACAAUGGUUCGGCGCCACGGUCUCGGCUUCCAGUAAGGACGGAGGCCCGAUUCUGGCAUGUGCGCCCAGGUACAUCUGGUUCUCCGUAUCGCAGCAGAAGUACGAUGACAAUAGAUGGAACAAGGAAUCCACGGUGGGCAAUCGACGAGAGCCGGUGGGCACCUGCUGGGUCGUCACCAACAACUUCAACGAGUCCCAGGAAUACUCCCCGUGUCGCACGAGGUACUGGGGCUACCACAGGCAGGGUUCUUGUCAGGCUGGUUUAGGCGCCGCGGUAUCCAAGAGUGGCGAGAGGCUCUUCAUCGGAGCACCUGGCAGCUGGUACUGGCAAGGUCAGAUAUACUCGAUCGCCACUGCCAUGAAGUUGAAGUUCGUGGCGACGAUGUUCGUCACCGAAGCCGAAACAUCAGGACAAGCGUUCUCGCAGCCUUUGAACGGUCGGUCGAGAAUAAUGUUCACCAAGGAGGGACCCGCGAAAGAGGACGAUAGUUACAUGGGCUACUCUGUCGCGACUGGAGAUUUCAUCGGGAAUGGCGAUAGUGGUAUGGCGGUUGGCGUUCCACGCGGUUCUGAUCUUCUCGGCAAGGUCAUACUUUUCACGUCGAACAUGACGAAUCCUCGAAACCUCACCGGCGAACAGAUGGGCGCAUACUUUGGUUACGCCGUGACUUCCAGCGAUAUAGACGGAGAUGGGUUGGAUGACCUGAUAGUUGGUGCACCCAUGUACACGAUCCCGGAUAACACGGAAAUGAACAUUGAGACCGGAAGAAUUUACGUUAUCUAUCAGGGCGACGGCGCGGAGAAAUACCGCAAGUUCGAUACCAGAGACGGCGAAAGUAACCGCGGACGAUUCGGCUUGUCGCUGGCCUCUCUGGGGGACAUCGACCGUGACGGUUACGGUGACUUCGUUGUUGGCGCACCCUACGCUGGUCCAAAUGGCCGCGGUGCCGUCUACAUCUAUCACGGCUCGCGAACUGGAGUAUUGGAGAAGUACUCCCAGGUGAUCCAUGCGGAGGAUCUGGACAAUCCGGUAGAGACCUUUGGAUUUUCGGUGGCCGGCGGCCUUGACCUCGACGGCAACAUUUAUCCGGAUCUGGUGGUCGGCGCGUACGAGAGUGCAGCGGCAAUGUUCUUCAGGUCACGACCAGUUAUCAAGAUGGACUCUUUCGUAAUUUUUGACACUGAGUCCAAGUUGAUAUCCUUGGAUACUAGAAACUGCACGCUUUCAGACGAUACCAGAGUCACGUGUCUUCCGCUUAGGGCUUGCUUUAGGUAUACGGGAGAGGGUGUCCUCAUGAGACACAAUUUUAAUAUACAGUACGUGCUUGAUGUAAAAAAGACGAAGAAUCCAAGACUGUUCUUCCUGGAGUUGGAAGGCAGGAACACGAUGAAUCAUACGAUCACGGUCGACCGCGAUCGGCAGUUUUGUCGCACCGUUCAAGUCUACGUAACUCCGAAUAUCCGCGACAAGCUAACGUCAUUAGAUGCCGAGAUGCGUAUGAGCCUAGAGGAGGAACGGAUUCCAGACAGUCGUCGUCGCGAUCCCAGGAUUCCACUGAGGCCAGUCCUCGGCGCGACGACUUCCAGGAAGGAUACUCUCUCCAUCAGGAAGAAUUGUGGUCCUGAUAAUAUUUGCAUACCCGAUCUGCAGCUUAACGUGAGGUCUAACGUCGGCAAAUACCUGCUAGGCUCCGGCAAGAGGCUGGAACUCGAGGUAUUGGUCCAGAAUGCGGGCGAGGACGCAUUCGAGGCCACGUACAAUUUGCAGUUACCAGCCGGCAUCGAUUACAUCAAGAUUGAGCGUAUCGAGACUCUGGAGAUCCCGGUUCACUGUUCCGCGCCUAAGCAGUCAAACAACAACACUCUGCGCUGUGAUAUCGGGAAUCCGUUGCCGCAAUAUAAGUUGGUGAAGUUCAAGGUGUUACUCCAGCCGGUGACGUCCCACGGGAUGAAGCCCAUCUAUGAGUUUGAUAUGCACGUCAACACUACGAAUCCCGAAGAUUACACAACCACUCGCGACAAUAGUCAGCACUUGUCUCUGCCGAUUUGGAUAGAGACUGAUCUGCGUGUCGAUGGCGAGAGCAAACCCAAGGAUCUUUAUUACAAUCCUGACAAUUACACCGUCACGAAUGUUACGACGGAGCUAGAAUUCGGACCAGCGGUCACGCACAAUUAUACCAUCCGCAAUCAAGGCCCUUCGGAUAUCAUUGAGGCCGAGGCGUUUCUCAUAUGGCCCGCGCAAACGUUAUCCAAAAAGGAGCUUUUGUAUUUAUUGGAACAGCCGGAGACUUUGGGACCGAUUGCUUGCGAACCUGCAAACGCAAAUUAUCUUAGCUUAAAGUUGGAUCAACGUAGAAAAGUGCACUUAAAUUAUCACGAUUAUUCCGGCGUGAUAUUGGAUGAAUCACAAUCAGGCAGAACGAUCAACGUUCAGAGAGGCUUCGAGGUGGACCGUAACAAAGCGAGUCAGAGGGAAGAGACCGAAAUAAACAGUGGUGACAGCUCAAAUAUCCAAAAAUCACGACAUUCUUCCUCAUCCUCUUCAUCGUCUUCUUCGAGCGAGGUUACCGAAAGCAGGAGAAUCCAUUUGAAUCCGAUGAGGGAGAAGCCUGAGGUGCUCACUACGACAUAUACGCACAAUACUUCCGGAACGAGCUCGAUUGGUACCGGCGACUUGUCUGAUAAUCGCGGUGUCGUUUUCCACGCGGAAUCCGGCGGCGGUUAUGGUUCCACGACUUUGGGUGGUGGAUUCCGCAAGACUGAGGAGGAAUCUUUUGGUUCGAGAUUACCCGACCUCGAAGAGCCUUAUGGCACCCGUGUAAAUCAUUCCGGUAGAAUGGAGAGUCAUUGGGGUGAGAGCAGCGAAGUACUAGGUGGCCAUACGAGUUCAUCUUCGGGCAGAGUUGAUUCUGUCCUGACUGAGAGCGAGAGGCGAUAUCAAGAGUUGCUGCAGCAACAGGAGGAAAUUCGUCUGCGUGAAGAAGAGGAGAGCCGUCAGAGGAAGCUACAGGAGGAGACGCGUCAACAGACGCGCCUGCAACAGCAGCGUGAACGGGAGGAACAGGAGCGUCUCUUUGCUCUGCAACGUCAUCGGGAGGAGGAAGAGCGACGUCGGCAGGAAGAGGAACGGCACCGAGAGGAAGAGGAACGACAUAGAUAUGAAGAGGAACGGCAAAAGGAGGAGCAACGACGACGAGAGGAAGCGGAACGACGCUGGCAGGAAGAAAGAGAACAAAGACGUUAUGAGGAGGAGAGGCGUUACGGUUUAUCCACGGAUGAUCACCGUGGGACCACGGAGAGUGACUACAUCACUGGUGAUCGCGAGGAGACGGUCGGUGGACAUGACAUCGGUUUCCACUUGCAUAAUCUCAGUUCCACGCAAGAACUGGAACGGGUUUUCAGCUCGUUGUCGAAAGAUGCAACUAGUUAUCAGGUGUACAAUAGACAGGGACAACAGUAUGUGCAAUUCAAAGCGAGAUUCAGAACAUCUGCUGAUAGGAAGGAAUACAUAGAGUUCCAAGACGGUUCCAUGUUUCCUCUUGAGGAUCAUUACGGUGAGCAGAGCUACGUCUCGGAAUCCGCGUCGGAACGCCGCGACAGUCGAUUCCUCAGGAUAGAAGGCCAACUGCUUAUCACUCCGGAUAGUAAAGCCUACAUCGUCUUGAAAGACGGCCGAAGAUUCCCUCUUCAAGGUUCUUUCUCGUACACCGAGGAGAAAACGUAUACUCUGCGUGGUCCGCACGACAGCCAUCAGGAAGGCAACGCUGAUAAUCAAGGACAGAGAACUUACGGUCGAUCCUGGCACGAGGAAUCAUCCAGCGGCGGCACAACUUCAGAUGGAAGUUACGAAACCAGAUAUAACACGCGGGUACACGAAGAGAAACGAACGGAGGAGAGAACGAGCAGCAGAGUUUACGGAAGGGAUUAUGAUCGAUUUAAGGAUGAGCUUUCCACCGACAAUUCGGAUCCCAAUCUUCUGAAUUCGAGAUACAGACGCGAGAGCGACAUGGUCGAUGUCGAAGAGUUCAAGAAGUUCGAGCGGUACCAUAGGCAUCGACGAGACGUGGAAAUGGAUGACGAACUGUUGGCAAACGAAGCUUCAUUCCCGAAUGACGACUAUUACGAGAACGAUCCGAUAUCACAGGAUCCCGUGCCACAGGAACCUUGCGACGCCGCGAAAUGCCUAACGUUGCGAUGCGUGCUGGGUCCAUUGAAAAAGGACCAGGAGGUCUGGAUUGGAGCGAGGUAUCGUGUGAACGCCAGGACAUUGAAGGAGGUCGCCUUCAAGGAAAAAGUGAAGGUGUCGACGAAACUAGUGGCGCGCGUCACGAAGCAACCGUUCAUCGGCACACCUGCCGAGCAAGUUAUUAGGAGCAACGAAAUUAUCACGAACAUCGAACCCAGCGCACCACCCUCCGCUCCAGACAUCAUCCCUGUAUGGGUGGUAGUUCUCUCGGCUUGCGCGGGUAUAAUAAUCCUGUUGCUGCUCAUCUUCUUGCUUCAUAAGUGUGGUUUCUUCAAGAGAAACAGACCUUCCGACGCUCCAGAGAGGCAACCGCUGAAUAGAAACGGCCACUUCCAACAAGGCGAGGAUCAUUGAGAGAGAGCUCUACUUUGCCUUGAUUUUGUCGAAGCUUCCGAAUGGAAUCGCAAGCGAGUUAAGAGCCUCGACUGUGCGAUUGAGCCAUGAAAAGUGCCUUGCUCUUCGGAUAAUCGAGAGAAUGCACGCUGCGUGGAAACCCGCGGAUGCGGUCUCGAUUCUUCCCGAAUAACUUAAUAGCGUUCAACAGUGCCUUAACCCGCCGCGUCCAGGCCAAGACAAGCGUCCGCUGAGGUGCACUGUGACAUUGAUUUGGAUGACGACUCCUUCGUCAUUCGUAUACUGCCACUGAAUACUCCUUCCAGCUCCUGCAGCUCGACCACGCAAGUUUCUAGUCAGGAGACGUUCUUCUUCUUUUUAUUGUUUGUAGUUUACUUAAGCCGCACGUAUAGUCGGCAGAUACGAACGAUAAUCUCGGCAUUCUUCGACUCGUACCUUCGUGUAUAUAAUUAUAUGUAUAUGUCAUUCUUUUGUACCGUUAUUCGCGGUAGAACGCCUUGACACGUGCCUCGUCGCUUUGGCUGCCUUUUUACGGUAGAAUAGAAUUAAUUAUUUUUCUAUCCGCGUUUUCGAUCGGCACGAUCUCCAAAGCGAUCUCAUAUCUCGCCGGUGACACUCUGAGUGGAGCUUAGUCAGUUGUCGAAAGCACCGGUGAGCUCCUCUCAAGGACCAAGGUCUCUUUCACACGAAAUUCGAUGAUCGCAUUGUAUUCUGAAUGUUAAAAAUAUGUGAAAAUAUCGUCUCAAUUAUUCGGGCGAUAUUUAGAUGUUCUUUAUAUUUUUGUUUAAUUAGUGUCGUGUCAACACAAUUAAGUCUGAGAGGGGCCUACUCUUCUCUCAAAAAUAGUUCCGAAAGUACGGAAUUUUUUGAUUAUUUAUUAAAUUUUCAUGUUAUAGAUAAUAAAUACAUAAAAUGUAUGCUUGAGCGCCGUAACACUAACGUGGCUUGUCACGCGCGCAAGAUGAAUGUGUGUAUAAUCUGUAAAUUAUUAAUUUACGUUACUAAAAUUAUCUAUACAGAGUGAUUUAACGCAAUAAUAUCUGAUUAGGAAGAAAACUUCUUGAUAUAAGUAGGAAGCUAGAACUGACUUGUACAUACCGCGUUAAGAUAUAAUAUUAAAAAAAGAUAUAUAUAAUAAACUCUUAAAUAUG